GCCGCUUUGAUUUUCCGGGCCCUGCGCACGUGAUUGAAAAUAACCUCGAUCUAGUUAGUGAAAGUAUUAGAAUAAUUGUUUGACAUGGCUACAAACGGAGAUCAUUGCAAUAAUGCAAAGAAACCAAAACCUGUGUUAUCUAGGACAUGGUCCGAAAAUUAUGAAACCGAAGUCGAAGUCCCUGGUACACCAAAAACACCUAGGACUUCCACUACCCCAGGGCAUGAAAAAUGUACAUUUCACCAUGACCUUGAAUUAGAUCACAGGCCACCAACCAGAGAAGCAAUGCUUCCAGAAAUGUCAAGAUCCUAUAGAUUACUUUUAAGUUCUUUGGGAGAAAAUCCUGAUAGGCAGGGUCUCCUUAAAACACCUGAACGAGCUGCUAAAGCCAUGUUAUUUUUUACCAAAGGAUAUGACCAAAGUUUAGAGGAGGUUUUGAAUGAUGCUAUAUUUGAUGAAGAUCACGAUGAAAUGGUUGUUGUGAAGGAUAUUGAAAUGUUUUCGAUGUGUGAACAUCAUUUGGUACCCUUUUACGGAAAAGUUUCUAUUGGAUAUUUACCCUGCGGAAAAAUUUUAGGAUUAAGCAAGCUGGCCAGAAUUGUUGAGAUAUAUUGCAGAAGAUUGCAAGUUCAAGAAAGAUUAACGAAGCAAAUUGCAGUUGCUGUUACUAAAGCAGUGCAGCCAGCUGGUGUAGCGGUUGUAGUGGAGGGAACGCACAUGUGCAUGGUAAUGAGAGGAGUGCAAAAAAUCAACAGUAAAACUGUUACUUCUACUAUGCUUGGGGUAUUUAGAGAUGAUCCAAAAACCAGAGAAGAAUUUUUAAACCUAGUACAAUCUAAAUAAAUUAAAGCUUUACAUUUGUUGCAAUGCACUAAAUGCACUAAAUGGUUCAGGCUUUCUCAUACGGAUAGGAAUUAUAUCCUAGGAUUCAUCAUUUUUAAGUAUCUUUUUUAUGCUUGUUUAAUUAUUUUUUAAAGUUUUACUAAUUUGGCUUAUUGUGGCGGAUUUAAUAAAAACUAUUCAAAUGGUAAAAGCUUAUUUAUUAUUUAAUCUUGUGCCUGAACUGAAUUUUGUCUGUUAGAGGUUUUCUCAUUUCCUUUAAUUAAUAUAUUU